AUGGAUGGGGAGGAGGAAUUCGAAGUAGCACAGGUGUUGUACUCUCGGAGGGAAAGAACCAAUCAUAAAAUUGAUUUUUCAAACCACACAGCAACAAGUGAAUUUAUUAUUGUAGGGUUCCCUAACCUGGAAAAGAUCAGAGUUGCAGUAUUUGUGUUAGUGUUAAUCAUAUACUCCUUCACAGUGAUGGGGAACAUGGUCAUUAUCUUCAUCACCAGAUAUGAACCCUCUCUCCGCACUCCCAUGUACUUCUUCUUGUGCCACUUUUCCUUGCUGGAGAUUUGUUUUACUUCAGUCACAGUCCCAACAAUACUGGCUGACCUGAUUAAAGAAAAAAAUGUUGUAUCCUUCAGCAGCUGCCUUGCCCAAAUAUAUUUCUUCCAUGCUUUUGGUGGCAUUGAGUGCCUCCUUCUGGCUGCUAUGGCAUAUGAUAGAUAUGUGGCUAUACGUUCUCCUCUAAGAUAUAACACAAUUAUGACUAGUGUUGUCUGUGGUCAUCUUGCAACCUGGUCUUGGGUCAGUGGUUUGAGUCUACCAUUAAUACCAGUAAUCCUUAUAUCUCAGCUCAACUACUGUGGGAGCAAUGUGGUAGACCACUUCUUCUGUGACAUCUUGCCAUUGCUGAGGCUGGUUUGCAAUAGGACCCAACUCAAUGUGAUGCUGAGUUUCUUCAUCUGUUCCUUUAUCCUUGUUGGUUCAUUCCUACUCACUGUGGUUUCUUAUGCUGCCAUCUUGAUCACUGUUCUGGGCAUUCAUUCCUCCAAAGGUCGCAAGAAGGCCUUCUCCACUUUUGCCUCCCACUUGGUUGUUGUUGUUAUCUUCUAUGGAACAAUGAUGUUCAUCUAUGUCAGACCAACCCGCAACCUCUCCUUCAACAUGGACCAAUUGGUGUCUGUGUUCUACUGCUUGGUCACUCCACUCUUAAAUCCCAUCAUAUACAGCCUCAGGAACAAGGAUGUGAAAGAAGCCCUUAAAAAAGUUGUCUGCAGAAAACAUGGAGAACAGAAGUAA